GCAUUGUACAUCAAUCUUGUGGAAAAUCAUUAUCUUUCCUUGAAUAGGACUUCUACACAAUGGGGUUACUUAGACCUAACUUGGAUGCAAGCCAAAGUUACACAUUGGACAGUGCAGCAGUGCAGAAUGGCAUAACAUCACUCCGUUUCCGCCGUGCCAGAGACACAAAUGACAUGCGGGACAUUCAGUUUAACGUCACCACCCGAGUGCAUCUAGUGUGGGCCUACCACGAAACUCAAGAUGCAAGCGACCCGAAUAUGUUUGGCAAGCACACUUACAGAAAUUACACCAUGGAAACCCACCAAAUCGUCUUUGAAGGAAUAGACAUGCCGUCCACUCCUCCGCAGACAACACCAGCAAUGACCACAAGACCGACAUCCUCAGCUCUUCCACUGGGUGUCAGCUUCCUGUCGAUCUCCAUGGCGUCAGUUCUGAGCAUCUUGGAGCGUUGAAGGAACUUGGGUUUCGUAGCACCACUUAUAGCGGACUUUUUUUUCAGUUGCUAACCGGUUUGCUUUUGCUGAGCUAUCUGAUUGGUUGAAAAAACCCGGCGUGCAACUUACUCUAACCAAUCAACCAAAACCAUGGGUUAACGCGCUUUUCUCGUGCUGUUUGCCGCGCUUUACCCCUUCUUUUUCCCGCGCUUUACCCUAGUAACCGGCUGCAUGCAUGGUUUUGCUUAGAUCGAGUUCCACUUAGCUAAUAUUUGGUUCGCUGCUUUAUUGGCAUGAUUGUCACCUGGAUUGUGAUUGUUCUGAAGCAGCAGCUUAUGAUAUAUGCUUCUGUUGGAUUUGAUUAAUUUGGUUUUGGCUUUUACCUUAAUUAAAACCACUCUAGAGGAACAUUUGUCGUUCAUUUGAGCCGUUGUCAUUUUAAUAUCCCUGCAGUGAUUAUUCUGUUUGUGUUAGUUGUGCAUUUGAUAGCUUGGCAGAACCUGUCACGUGACCUUGAAAGAUUUACCGUAAAUUAUUCAAGUUCGUCGUUUGUAACCCAUGUUAAUCUUAUUUCUUUAGUGAUUCUUUAUCUUACUAAACUUUUAUUUUCAGGUUUCGCUCAACUUAAAGGUAAUUUUGUGCGAGGCCAAAAUAACUCAAAAUAACGUGACCGAGCUCCUUUAAAUCUCACAAAAGUGGCAUCUUCGUUACUUUGAUUACGCCUAUUCCAUUCUAAAAUGAGACGAACUGAGGAUGAAGGAGUGAAGUGCGCUUCUUCAUGCUUCAAGGUUUCAUGACUACGUUUCGCAACGUGGGCGUAUCACAUCAAGCACACCGUUUUGAAUAUUGCCUCCAUUUUAACCUUAACCGCUACCCGGCAAAAACGUUUUUGAUUUAUUUUGAUAAAAUACGGGCGUGGCACAGUCUUCCCACUUAGAAUAUUCCGCAAGAGGGGCUCAGAGCUUAGAUGGAUUGCUUUCUAUACAUAGCCCCAAGAAAAAAAAGUCCAAAUUAUUAUACACAUUUUUUUCAAGUAGCUACAAAGUUCCAUUCAAACUAUUUUAAUGUUGCCAAGGCAACACAUUUUUAUGUCACGUGCACCCAGUGUAAACCAAACGUUCUUUAACUACAAGUUUAGAGUUCCUUUGCCAGGAGUUACCAAACAAAUAGGAGGUCUAAAUUAUCAAGACCCACCUUAAACCAUAGCUGUUUUACAUGCAGUUUAAAAGGUUUUGUUUUAUUCGUAAGACUGGUUUGUAAGCUUAAAAUAGAGCUUCCAAUUUUCUUGACAACAAAACUAAAAGGAAAUGGCAUAUAGUAAUAAUCAUUAUUAUUUAUUAAUAAUAAUUGGACGUUUGAUUAAAGCUAUAAAGCUGUACUUUGAUACAUACAUCACUUAGUUCUUAUGCUAUGCACUUUCACUGUCCCAGUGAAGAAUUCAUUUCUCUACAAUAGUAAUUAUCAAGUGUCGUACAGACAGGGGAAAGCACAGCGUGUAAGUCAUAAAAACCAGAGGAAGCUAUAUCUGCUGAAAAUUGUCUCCCACAUUU